AUGACGUAAUGGCAGUGGGCGGCAGCAGGUUGUUGGUUUGUUUGGCUGUCAAGCAGCUGUAACUGCGAGCGACCGCAACUCGCCCAGCGAAAUUGGCUAAGUUGACUUUCGCCAGCCGGACAGCAGAGGGGACGCACACGUGGACCAAUUUGACGCAUUCUACAAGCACGCCGAGAAUGUCUUUCCCGACAGGACUGGGAUGAAGAUGAUAAUAUGGCGAGUGGUGACACUGUGGCUUUAUGUUUCGCUAAUAUUUUGGUUUCCUAGCUGCCAUGUUGAUUGCACAGAGCCAGACCAGGAGGCCCAAAGGUCGCAGCCUUCGCAGGACAUCAUUUUGGAGGAAGAGUCAGGAGACGCUCAUCGUCAGCACGAGGAUGACGAGAGCUCGGCUUUGCUCCCCCAGUCCUUGUCCAACAAUGAGCAGUCACAAGAGGAGUAUCGAAAAGAGGAGCAGUCUACACAGGCCAUGGACAAAAAAGAGACGCAUUCAAAGGCCCCAGAAUUGGACAAGCCCACAGCGUUAGAGGUCAACAAUGGCAUUUCACAGCCAGAGCCGGAUGAUGAGCGACGCUUAGAAACGGAAAAGCUCGAUGCACCCACUGCUCAAGACCAAGAAUCAGUUGUCCUCAUUAUGUCUUCCGAUACGGUCUAUGAAUCCGCUGUUGAGGACAAUCACAGCCCUGGUAUUGUUAAAUUUCAAGACACCGUUGCAGUCAGUGCUUCAGACGAUGCAGAGGAUGAAACUCAUCCUGAGGCCCUUGACUCUGACUUGCCACCUGCUGAAUGUGAAGAAGAGACAAAUCCCUACGAUCACGACAGGCGUCCUCCAGCCGUUUUGGAAAACAUGUCUAAUGCUCACACCACUGGUACCAAAACUCACAGUGACCCUCCUCCAAGUGCCCAAGAGGGCCGGCAUCUGGAUGGGAACAUGUCACACUCCCUCAGCGAGCAAGAUGUGAGUGCUGCGGUCACCAUGGAGACAGAGCCCAGUGUGAACAGCAAAGACCCAGAGGACAUCCCAACAUUUGAUGAGUGGAAACGCAAAAUGAUGGAGGUGGAGAAUGAAAAAACUUUGUCCACACAUACUUCUGCUAAUGGGGGUUCCAGUGUGGUGAAGAAAGUCCAAAAAAACUUCAACAAUUAUGCUUCCGUGGAGUGUGGAGCAAAGAUUCUUGGGGGUAAUCCAGAAGCUAAGAGCACUUCAGCCAUACUGAAGGAGAAUAUGGACUUGUACAUGCUAAACCCCUGCAGUAAUAAAAUCUGGUUCAUCAUUGAGCUCUGUGAGCCCGUUCAGGUGAAGCAGUUGGAUAUUGCCAAUUUUGAGCUUUUUUCUUCUACACCCAAAGACUUUCUUGUCUCUAUCAGUGACAGAUACCCGACCAACAAAUGGCUCAAGUUGGGAACCUUUCAUGCCCGAGACGAACGCACGGUCCAGAGCUUCCCAUUGGACGAGCAGCUUUAUGCUAAAUAUGUGAAGAUGUUCACCAAGUACAUAAAGGUUGAGCUGCUCUCUCACUUUGGCUCUGAACAUUUCUGCCCCCUCAGUCUCAUUAGAAUAUUUGGGACGAGCAUGGUGGAAGAGUAUGAAGAAAUAGCUGAGCCUUCUGAAAGACCCGAAGAUCAGGAUGAUGACUUGGAUCAUGCAUCCGGUUAUGGACCUGGUGAAGUCAAGUAUUCCAAGAAUCUGAUUGGCUCGGCUAAGGAUGUCAUUUUGAACAUGGUCAAUAAUAUCGCUGUAAAUGUUCUUGGUGGCAACUCUGAAAUGCAAGGAAACCUUUCAUCCCAGGAUGUGAGCGUGAAGGGGCCUGCUGUUAAUGAAACGAUGACUCAAAGCCCCGUCACAGCCCCAUCCCCCGUUUCAGAGUUGGAAGAGGCAAGAUUCUCUCCAGACACAGACAUCACUGAAACUGGUGCCCCAUCUUCAACAACUGCUGUCCCCGACCUGCUUCCAGUCGAGCGUAGUGAACGGCAGCCCCCCCCACUGAAACAGCAAAUUGUCAUUCCUUUAGAGCCAGACGAAGAAGAAUCGAUCCGCUCGACAAUCACACUUUUGGAUGAAGAGGAUGAGUUAGAAGGGGAGAGGGAGAAAAUGGAUCGCAAUGAACCACAAAACGUCCACUUCUGCACACGUCUUCCUGUCUUUUCCUCUUGUUCGUGUGCAACCUCCCUUCAGGAGUAUCUGCAGCAGCAAUGUUUGCUGCUGCUGUUCAAAAGACGGAAAUGCCAAUCCGUGGACAAAAAGCAAAUGGCUCCGUCUAUCCGCACUCCCACAUGGCUCCCACCCUCACCCUCCUCCGCCGGUCCUGAAGCCAAGCAGGAUCACAGUGAGCCACAUCAGCCCCAUGAAAAACAACAAGCUCCUGGAGGGGAGCCAGAAAGUGGAGCCCGCCUGUCAGAAGCACCUCAGCCUCCAGAGGACACUGCAGUAGAAUCUCAUUAUGACUGUAUGUCCGAACCUCCUCUUCUGGAGCCCAGUCAAACAUCGAGCCUCCCCAAAGCCGCCACCACUGAUUCAUCCUCUGCCAACCCGACUGUGUUUGAGACGCCACAGCUUUCUUCUGAGGCUCCAGCAAAGCCACUAAGCUCAGAAGCGAGCCAAGACAUGCCGGCUGUGGAGAAGCAUACGGAGGCUUUACUGCCUCUCAGCAGCGCAAUCAUUGGAACCGCAGCGGAUGACGGCAAAGUGGCGCCGAUAGAAGUAAAGGCCAACAUAGUGUUCAAUGACUCCGUCCCAAAUCCUGAUAUGACAGGUGAGUCCCGGACUGCUUCUCCUCAGGUAGACCGGUCCCCCGACCCAGCAGCUGCACUCGACAGUCUCGCUCUUCCCCCUGAGCCAUCCCAGCCUGCUCCACACACCCCCAUCGAACUUGAGCUCUCUAGUAACGCCGCAGUCAUCAAAGAUGGCAAAACAGAGGACCUGACAGAAGAUGUCUCUACCCCUGCUCUCCCUCCUUUGCCUUCUACAUCCCCCUCACCGUCCCUCUCGGACAUCUACGCAGACCCUCCGAACGGCACAGAACAGAAUGGCAACCUGAUGCACGGCUCCGGCCAGAAGGAGUCGGUGUUCAUGCGACUCAACAACCGCAUUAAGGCCCUUGAGAUGAAUAUGUCGCUCAGUGGGCGCUAUCUGGAGCAGCUCAGCCAGAGAUAUCGUAAGCAGAUGGAGGAGAUGCAGAAGGCUUUCAACAAAACCAUUAUUAAACUCCAGAAUACCUCCAGAAUUGCAGAGGAGCAAGACCAGCGUCAGACGGAGUCCAUUCAGUUGCUGCAAGGCCAGCUGGAGAAUGUGACUCAAAUGGUGCUCAACCUGUCGGUUCAAGUCAGCCUGCUGCAGAACGAGGUGUCCGACCGGCACAACUACCUGCUGCUGUGCCUGCUGCUGAGUCUGUGUUUCGGGCUGGCGCUGUUUGCCAACCGCUGCCGGAUCUCCAUCACGCCUCCGAACGCAGAGCCACAGCCACCCACGGCGAACAGCUACACCUACUGCUGUCCCGAGAGAAAUUUCACCUCCGGUGAUGACUGCAGUUUGAGGAGGAGUGCAUCCUUCCCACUAAUCAGCUCAUUCCAGUUAGUGCCCAGCAAAGGUCCCGAAAGUCUUCAUCCGGAGGAGAGUCAAGCUAACCGAAAGAAAAGACGCCACAAGGUGAAAGUGGAGACGCUGACGUCCUUUCACGCCGCUCCACUGGCCUGCAACGGAGCCGCCGUAUGGAACGGCGCGCCCGUCACCACAAAUCCCGCCUCCCUGACGAAGACGCUGCUCCUGCCCAACUUUAGAGACUCUCCAUCAGAGGGAAGCUCGGAGACAUCUUCCCAUUCGGACGAUCCGUCCUUCUGUGGAAUCACCACCGCCUGCUCUCGGAUAUGUGACGAUCUGUCUCUGCCCAAGACCCGAGCAGAGAAAAGGGCGUUAAGAUGCAGGCGUCCCAAGCCCACUUGUGCCGUAGUGGACUUCCUUCAGGUCCCACAUACAGACAAAAGCAAUACGUUGUCCAUCUCUGCUACACAAGACAUCAUGAACAUGAAGUCAAAGCCAAGCUCUGGGACUUUUGGACUAAAAAUCCCUCUCUCGGGACCGGUCUGACAUGGAACAUGGACAAAGACUGCAAGUUUGUACACAUGGCUAAACUUGUAAAAGAGCAUGACUGGUGAUGUUAGUUCCUGUUGGAACAAGAGGUGACAAUGCCAUCACUUCUACUGUUUUUUGUUUUUUUUGAUGUUGUUGUCAUUGUUAGGACAUUUUUAUCUGUUGUCUUUCCAGCUUCCAAGUCAAACUUUUCCAAAUUGUUUUGGAUAAAAAGUGACGAACAUGAAGAACAUGCAAUGUGGGACAUUGAAUGCUAUCUUUUGGGUAAAAAUAAAUAAUACAGUGAUGAUUCAUA